GUUUUACACACCAUCCACAUAGCAACCCUAACGCGCACACACAUAAACCCUGAUUCUCUUUCUUUCCCUCACAAACCCCCAUCUGCCACAAGAAAGGAGUAGCUUUUUACCUUCAGCAGUGAAUCAAGAAAAAUGAUAGUUCUAUUUGAAACCCCUGCUGGUUUUGCCCUUUUUAAAGUCUUGGAUGAAGGAAAGCUUUCCAAAGUUGAUGACUUGUACAAGGAGUUCACAUCUGCUGAUACUGCUAGAAAGAUUGUAAAGCUUAAAGCUUUUUCCAAGUUUGAGAACACAUCUGAAGCACUAGCAGCAGCCACUUUGUUGAUUGAUAGCAAGCCUACUAAAGGUUUACGCAAGUUUUUGCGUGCUCAUUGUGAGGGUGAGACAUUGGCUGUUGCUGACUCUAAACUCGGAAAUGCCAUCAAGGAAAAGCUACAAAUCGAUUGUAUCCACAACCAAGCUGUUAUGGAACUUAUGAGGGGAGUGAGAAGUCAAUUGACAGAGCUCAUAACUGGUUUAGGUGCACAAGAUCUAGCCCCCAUGAGCUUGGGUUUGUCUCAUAGCUUGUCUAGAUACAAGCUAAAGUUCAGUCCAGAUAAGGUUGAUACUAUGAUCAUUCAAGCUAUUGGUUUGUUAGAUGACCUUGAUAAAGAGCUCAAUACUUAUGCAAUGAGAGUACGGGAAUGGUAUGGGUGGCAUUUUCCUGAGCUUGCUAAGAUUGUGCAAGACAAUAUUCUUUAUGCUAAGGCAGUUAAGCUCAUGGGUUACCGAACAAAUGCUGCAAAACUUGAUUUCUCUGAGAUACUGACAGAAGAGGUUGAGGCUGAACUUAAAGAGGCGGCUGUAAUUUCUAUGGGAACGGAAGUCAGUGACCUUGAUUUGACCAACAUCAAAGACCUAUGUGAUCAAGUAUUGUCUUUGUCAGAAUACAGAGCACAGCUGUAUGAUUAUUUAAAAAGCAGGAUGAAUACGAUUGCCCCAAAUCUCACUGCUAUCGUUGGAGAACUUGUUGGUGCUCGUCUAAUUGCCCACGGUGGUAGCUUGUUGAAUCUUGCUAAACAGCCUGGGAGUACAGUUCAGAUUCUUGGUGCUGAGAAAGCACUCUUUAGGGCUUUGAAGACAAAGCAUGCAACCCCUAAAUACGGGCUUAUUUAUCAUGCUAGUUUGAUCGGGCAAGCUGCACCCAAACAUAAAGGGAAGAUUUCACGUUCUCUUGCCGCGAAGACUGCAUUAGCAAUUCGAUAUGAUGCUCUUGGAGACACCCAAGACAAUUCUAUGGGAAUGGAAAACCGUCUCAAGCUUGAAGCGAGAUUAAGAAAUCUUGAAGGCCGUGAACUUGGUCGUUCAGCUGGAUCAACCAAGGGCAAACCAAAGAUUGAAGCUUACAACAAGGAUUUCAAGAAAGGAGAUGGAGCAAUGAUUACUCCUGCCAAGACUUACAAUGUAGCAGCAGAUUCUGUUCUAGGACGGAUAGAAGCAGAGGCUGACAAGGACGAGGAGAUGACGGCUGUAGCACCAGUUGAUGAGGGAAAGAAGGAUAAAAAGAAGAAAAAGAAGGAUGAUACUGUUGAUGAAGAAGCUGCAGAUGAAGAUGCUAGCAAGAAGAAAGUCAAAAAGAAAAAGAAGCGUGCGACAGAGGAAGAAGCUGCUGAAGCGCCGGUUGAAGAGGAGAAUGUCGAGAAGAAAAAGAAAAAGAAGAGAAAGCAUGCCGAAGAUGAGGCCGAAGCUGAAAAAUCAAACAAGAAGAAAGAUAAAAAGAAGAAGAAAACCGACGAGUAAUAUGUAUGGUUUAAUAGAAAUAUUUAAAAAUUUUGGGUGUUUUGCGAACAGGUAUGAGGUUAUUACCCCUAUUGUAGUAGGGUUUAUUUUGGCAUUUCUGAAUGGUAGUAGCAGCAGCGGAUGGACUAAUUAUUCCAUAUGUAUUAGUAGUUUUUUAGAAUAUGCUUUUAUUUCUUUACUUGGUGUUGAUAUGUUGCCAUAAUGUUUAAAAUUAUGGUUUAUGGAAAAAAAAAUCGGUUUUUACCAUCA